UAGAUGCAAGACGGAAAAAAUUGUGCACACAUAUUGAAAAGAAAGGAAAUUAUUUCGUGUAUUUAAAGUUUUCAUAGCGAAUUACAAGGAAAAACAUUAUGUAGCCCACCUGCUGCCAAGUAUUGUUCUGGGUUUAUAGAUAACAUUCCACAGCAUGAUAUAAUCGAAUUUAUUUUGUUUAGAAUUUGCUUUUCUUGUGUUUUGUGAAGUACAUUUUGCGUCACUCAAUUAUAACUUUUGGGGAGUGGAAAAGUUGAUUCGAAACACAAGUUAAAACUCUGCAUUUCUAUACAGGUUGUCGUGUUUACCGCUUGUGGAUUAAGAACAACGCUACCAGUAGCAUCAGUAACAGAAAGUCAAAUAACUUGUUUGAUAUGAAUAAUGUAAUUAAAGUAGCAGCAGUAUUAAUUACACAAAUCCUAAUGAGUAGCGAAAAAGGAAUUUAUGUAAAUCAGCGUAACAAUACAGGAUACCCAUUUUCGGAUACGAAUAAAAUUAACAUAUCCCUAGGCAACGUGUCUAAUGGACUAAUAUCACUUUCUUCUUCUUAUACAAAACACAACAAAUCAAAUUCUAAGUUUAUAUAUCUGGUGGAUGAACGACAGAAAAAUAUAUUGGAUGCUUUUGGUGGACAAAAUAUUCGCACAUUUGUACCAAAUACACUUAAGGACGAAAGUGAUCAACAGGAACAUUCUGUAUCUUAUGAUACAAAACAUAGUGAAAACUUGAAAGAAAUCAUGAAGCAGUUUGCAAUGACGCAAUUGUUGAUCGUUACGUACAAAGAUUGUAAUAGCAUAAUAACAAAAACAAUACGUGCAAACUUAAAGGAAGGUAAUUUGGAAUGUGUCUGUAAUGCGAUGCACAACGAUCAAAUACUACAUAACAUACCACAGCUUCUUGAAAAAACUGAGGUAGUGUUGCUCCUGUUAUCGGCACUGGACGCGAAUGUGGUAUUGGAGAGAAUGUUGCAUUAUGAAAUGAAAAGGGUUAUAUUUGUAACAACAGGCAUACCUGCGCAGGUCUUCAAAGGACUGAAAAUAUCGUACCCGAAGUUAAACUUGGUUAAUCUUCUCAACAGCGUAGCUGGGGAAAUAAUAGCAGAUACCAAAAAGGUUACAGAGUUCCUACAGGGAAAUGAUUUAAGUAAUAUAAUUGAAGUCUUGCCGAUGUUGUAUACGAACAUUGACAGAAACGGAGAAAAAUUGUCUCGUCCAAAAAUCACAUUUGUAAAGAAGACAUGGAGGGCUGUUAGUGUCUAUAUGCUCCGUAUUGCAUUUUGCUGCCAUUUGAGCCAGUAA